GCCCACGGCCCCAGCCGCCAGCCCCGGGCUCCGAUGGAGAGCGAGGACCACGCGCCCGAGACCCGGGAGUGCCGGAAGAUCCUCGAAACCCUCGAGUCGACUAUUGAACAAUUCCGGUUCAGCCCCAGACUUACUAUUUCAGAUGAUUUGAAGGUUGGCUUUUUCUGCACAGACCAUGCUACGCAGACAGAUUCCAGCGAAAUUCUGCCCUUAAAAGAGCUGAGCUCAUCUACAGAAAAGCUAAUACGGAUUAUUAGAUCCCUUCAAGUGGAUUUUGGGUUCCUCAAAGAAUUGCUUCAGUUGAAAUUUGAGGACCGUCUUAAAGAAGAGUCUUUUAAUCUCUUCACUGCUCUACAUGACAGGAUCCUAACAAUUGAAAAACAUUAUCAAGAGAAUGAGGACAUCAUAAGAAAAUGCUACAAUCAGCAGUUGGCUGAUGCCAUAGCUACUAUCAAAGGAAUGUACAAGCAAUUCUUUGAAGUGGAAGAAGAGGCUUUUGUGCAUGAAUCAACUAGUAUCAAAAUGAGUAUUUUGUUAAAAAAACUGAAGGAAAGAGAAGAAGUUAUUAAGGAAUUAAGAGAAGAACUAGACCAAUACGAAGAGUCUAGACUUCAAAAAUUUGACGCUUUUGCCAGAGAGACGAUGCUAGAGAGGGAAAAUCUGGAGUACAAAGUGGCAAAUGAGAGAAUGCUGCAGAUCAUUGCAGAGCUCGAAGAAGCGAUCCGACUCAACCUAAAGGAAAAUUCAGUACUAGAAGAUGAAAUUAUAACUCUGAAAGAGAAGGUAGAAAAGAAUCAUAGAACUAUUCAAAAGCUGUUUGAUGGUAGAGACAGAUUAAUGUGUGAGCUUGAUUAUGAAAAAGCAUUAGUUCAAGAAAUGAUUAAUAAACAGAAGGAGGACAUGGAAGCAAGGAAGAAGUUGGGCAGUAUAGGCAGCAAGAGCCUGAAAUUAGUCAAGGGGAAAGAGACUUCCCUGUCUCCGUGGCCCUCACAGCCCAGGAUUCCAUCCAGAGCUAGAGCCGGUUCAAGACCACCUUCACCUUCCAUCAGUACAUCAGUGACUAUGAAGACCAAGAAAGUUAAGACUCCAAAGAAAUCUGCAAAGGAAGAGCAGCCUUCGGUGAAGCACGCAAAACCAGCUGCAGUGCAAGAAGAAAAGGUGAAAUUGCCAGUGGCUAAGGCUGAAGACACACGUGUUUUGGAGAAGCAAAUAGAAAUACUAAAGGCUGAUUUAGAAAAUGAGAAAAAGAAGACAGAAAGAUUUAAGAAAGAAUCAGAACAGAUAAACAAAAACUGGGAAAAGAAGUUCUAUAUUCUCAGGAAUAGCUUUCAUGUCCUUAAAGAUGAGAUGUUUACCAGGCACACAUUGUUUCGUCAGUUUGCCAUGCUUGCUGACACGUCCUUCAAUUAUAUUAAAUUAAAACCUUUAUUUGUGCAGUCUAAAACAAACUUGGUAACAGGUUCUACAUCUUCUGGAAGUGAUCAUACGCCUUUGAUGAACAAAGACAUGGAUGUAGUCAGUGACCAGAUAUUUUUUUCCCCUUUAUCAAAAGGGAGGUUGUCAGACACGCCUGAGGAAGAGCCUUUGGAGAAGCCCUUGAUACCCCAAAACACCCCGGUGAACGAUAUGGACGCUGCUGAGUAAGGGGACCCGGCCUUGGGCUGCACCGAGCAGGACCACAGAGCGGGCCCUCCAGCUCCCAGUGGAAGGCCUGCUUCCCGGACGUGUGAUACUACUUCCCGGCGUCUCCCCGUCUCCCCCGAGAAUGCAGACUCACUCGCGAGGUGCGAGGUUCGAGGUUCGAGGUGCGCCCAGCGGGAGCACCUUUCCAAGCUCCUCAUCUCCUUGCUCAUGCUGGGGGAGACAGCGGGACCCACACGGACUCCGAGGGACUGCAAAUCCCCGGGGGGCGCUUUCCUGGGCUCAGCAGUGUGCCCCAAAGCCUUAGGGUGGGGAGGGACAGACUUCAAUUAAAAUG